UUCAUCGAGAAGAGAUUAUAAGACAUUUUGAGACUACUUAGGAUGAAAAUAUAGGUAGGGUGUGAGAAUAGUAAAGAUUUAUUGGGAUGAAAAUUUAUGUGGAUGGAAGUACGUAAAUCACUAGUAGGCUAGUGAUGAUAUUUUAACACUGCCCUCAACACUAGUCUUCAUCCGUUGUAACAUGUUGAGCUGACACUAAAAGCUCUCAUGUUUUAGCUCUUUCGUAAACAAGUACGACACUUGGUCUUCUGUCUUGAUCUGCUGUAUCUCGAUUUCUUCUUUCGAGACUUUCUUACUAACAUAAUAGGGCGAACUCGUUUUGAUACUAAAUAGUGAUGAUAUUUUAACAAAAUCUUGGGGCGAACCGAAAAUUAAACCAGACACUGGUUCCUGCAUUGUCCUUCUCUAACAGCUCUUUUUUUUUUGAAAGUCGGCUUAGUUUUGGGCUGUGCUAAGCCAUUACCCUCCUUCCUCGCUCUACUUAAAUGCUUUGCUAUGAGUAAGAUAUUGCUCCACUCUCCCUUUCUUCCCAUGGGCUCAAUGGCAAUUGUUGUUCUUGUUCUCGUUGUUCUUCUUGUUCUUCUUGUUCUUCAUCCUUGUGUCUUCGUCGAUGCCAAGACAACCUACAUUGUUCGCAUGAAACAUCAUGCUCUGCCUUCUGAGUAUCCCACCCAUCAUCACUGGUACUCUGCCCACCUCCAAUCCCUAUCCUCCUCCGCCACCUCUGAUUCCAUUCUCUACGCCUACACUUCCGCCUACAAUGGCUUCGCUGCUUCUCUCAAUCCAGAGGAAGCCCAAUUGCUUCGCCAAUCGGAUUCCAUUCUGGGUGUCUAUGAAGACUCUGUUUAUAACCUUCACACCACUCGAACUCCGGGAUUCCUCGGCCUCAACUCCGAUUUCGGCUUCUGGGAAGGUCACAACACUCAGGAUCUCCACCAGGCUUCUCAUGAUGUUAUUAUUGGGGUUAUCGACACCGGGAUUUGGCCGGAGUCUAUGAGCUUUGAUGACACUGGAAUGCCGGAGAUUCCAUCGCGGUGGCGUGGAGAAUGCGAAUCAGGGCCCGAUUUCCACCCUUCACUCUGUAACAAGAAACUAAUCGGAGCUCGCAGCUUCUCGAAGGGUUAUCAAAUGGCUUCUAAUGAUGGGUACUUCGGAAAUCCAAGAGAAAACCAGUCGCCUAGAGACCAGGAUGGACACGGCACGCACACAGCAAGCACGGCUGCUGGGUCACAUGUGGCUAACGCGAGCUUACUUGGGUAUGCCAGAGGCAUUGCCAGGGGGAUGGCUCCUCAAGCGAGAGUUGCAGCUUACAAAACCUGUUGGUCCACUGGUUGCUUUGGAUCUGACAUUCUUGCAGGUAUGGAUCGGGCAAUAUCCGACGGUGUCGAUGUACUCUCACUCUCUUUGGGCGGUGGCUCUGCACCUUAUUACCAGGAUACCAUUGCAAUAGGAGCAUUUGCAGCCAUGGAGAAUGGGGUUUUUGUUUCGUGCUCAGCUGGGAACAGUGGGCCAAACUUGGCUUCUCUGGCUAAUGUGGCACCUUGGAUCAUGACAGUCGGAGCUGGAACUCUAGACCGGGAUUUCCCAGCUUAUGUCCAACUAGGAAAUGGCAAGCGGUUCACUGGAGUGUCGCUCUACAGUGGCCAAGGAAUGAACAAGCCGGUGGGUUUGGUGUACAAAGAAGGAAGCAACACCUCCAGCAACAUGUGUUUGCCCGGUUCUCUUGACCCGGAAUUGAUCAGAGGGAAAGUGGUGGUCUGCGACAGGGGAAUCAACGCCAGAGCAGAGAAGGGAGGAGUGGUGCGAGAUGCUGGUGGGUUUGGGAUGAUUCUGGCAAACACAGCUGCUAAUGGAGAGAAAUUGGUGGCUGACAGCCACUUGCUGCCGGCUGUGGCGGUGGGGAGAAUAACCGGCGACAUGAUCCGGCAUUAUGUGCGGUCAGUUUCGAAGCCGACGGCGGUGCUAAGCUUUGGUGGGACAGUUGUGAACGUGCGCCCAUCUCCAGUGGUGGCGGCUUUCAGUUCCCGAGGACCCAACUUGGUAACGCCCCAAAUCCUAAAGCCGGACGUUAUUGGGCCUGGCGUUAACAUCUUGGCUGCCUGGUCUGAGUCCAUUGGACCUACUGGAUUGGACAGCGACAAGAGAAAAACACAGUUCAAUAUUAUGUCAGGAACAUCCAUGUCUUGCCCACAUAUAAGCGGGCUGGCGGCAUUGAUGAAGGCAGCUCAUCCGGAAUGGAGUCCAAGUGCUAUCAAAUCUGCGUUAAUGACCACUGCAUACACGCAGGACAACACCAACUCAUCUCUCCGGGAUGCUGCCGGAGGGGCGUUUUCCAAUCCAUGGGGUCAUGGAGCUGGCCAUGUUGAUCCACACAAAGCCCUCUCCCCAGGUCUUAUAUACGAUAUCUCGAUCGAUGACUACAUUGCCUUCCUGUGUUCCUUGGACUAUGGGAUUGAUCAUGUUCAGGCAAUUGUGAAGCAAUCGAAUGUAACGUGCUCCCGAAAGUUUGCAGACCCAGGACAACUUAACUACCCUACACUUUCAGUUGUGUUUGGGGGAAAGAGGGUGGUUCAAUACACUCGUGAAGUCACGAAUGUUGGGGCUGCAGGGUCGGUUUAUGAAGUGGCUACUACUGCACCGUUGGCUGUGAAUGUGAUGGUGAAACCGUCAAGGCUUGUUUUCACUAAAGUUGGGGAGAAGAAAAUGUACACUGUCACAUUUGUGACAAGCGGGGAUGCUGCUCAAACCGCAAGAUAUGGGUUUGGAUCGAUUGUGUGGAGCAAUGAUCUACACGUAGUCAGAAGUCCAGUGGCUUUCACCUGGACAAGGUUGUGAUUGUUGUUUUUGUAUAGGGCGUUUUCCAUUUGAUACUGGUUUUUCCAAUCCGCCAGCAAGAAGUUGAUGAUCAACAAGA